AUGUAUUUAAAUGAAAUGCUCAUAAAAUGUGAUAACGCAAUUAUAUUAUUAAUUGAAUCGAAACGUAACGACAACAACUUUUUUUUGAAUAAUGAAGAAUAUUGUGAACGAAUCGAAGAAAUAAAAAAAUCUAAAAUUACACUAUCUACGGCUGGAGUAAAAAAGUGUACAAAAGACUAUAGGAAUGUUCGUAAGUACGAUAUUCUUAUUAUCAACGGUAAAGAUCGUCUUAUUAAAACUAUAACCAAUACGUCAGAGGGUGUGCGUUAUUAUGUAAAAAAUGAAGAGUUGUUAGAUAUAAUUCAUUCUACACAUACAGCAAUCGGUCACGGAGGCCGAGACCGAAUGAUGGCUGAACUUAAAUUAAAAUACGCGAAUGUGACAAAGGAAACAAUAAUGGUUUAUUUAAGUCUAUGUUCUAAUAGCCAUAAAAAAUCUUCGAAUCCAAAAAGAGGGCUUGUAUCAAAACCUAUUUUACAUUCGGCAUACAACUCACGUGCUCAACUAGAUUUAAUAGAUAUGCAAUCACAGAGCGUAAAUGAUUUCCAAUUUAUAAUGAAUUACCAAGACCACCUAACAAAGUUCGUUGUACUUAAACCAUUAAAAACAAAACGUGCGGAAGAAGUUGCACAUAAUUUACUAGAUAUUUAUACAACAUUUAGAGCACCAGCCAUACUGCACUCAGACAAUGGAAGAGAGUUUGUUAAUAAUACUAUAAACGAACAGCCUUUAACUUUAUUUCUAAAUUCCAAGGUUUUACGAGAUGCCACUGUAAGACACAGUGUAAGACCAAUAGAUGUGCUUGUCGUGCAUCUACUAGAUUAUGUAAUUCUAAGUGUCAUAGCAGUUUACCGUGUAACAAUAAAGAUUAAGAUUAUGAUUUAUAAUAGCUAA